UUAUUACAGACUGAAUCUAUCUGGGAAAUCCAGCAUUUGCUUUGAUGACUUCAGGAACUGUUUUCAGAGUAAUAAGGUCCAUAACACAGAAUGGAUAAAGCCCAGUUCUGCCAAACAUCUGCAGAGAAAUGUGGAGAAGCAAAAGUGUACAGCGGCAAGUAGUGACAGUGGCAGAGCAUGGAGAAUAUUGGGAGAGGAGAUAAACGAAAGUGGAUCUCUGGAAGAAUUCCUCCCUCCAUGUUGUCUUUGUGCAUCAGGACUGAUCACAUUAGAGCAGUUUACAGCGGCUGUGAAGUGUAUGGGCGUAAUGUUCAAUGAGGAGGAGCUCCUGAAAAUGUGGACAAGUACUGGAAAUGUCACAGGGUCUGCUGUGCCUGCUGUUCUUCUUUUCAAAAAGUUGGGAUUAAAGUUUCCAGCGAAUACUAAAGCUGGAUACAUUAGUAAUGAUAAAAUGACUCAACGCAUUGAGGAAGUCACCUGCGCUAUAAAAGAAAAGUUAAAUGAAGCAUGUUUGUCAUUGGUGCAAGAAUUCAGUAAAAUGAACGGCGCACAAUCUGGCCUGAUUAACAGGUCCGAAUUUCGGCUUGUACUGAAAAAGUUUAAUAUUCCUAUGACAGCUGUAGAUUUGGAACACUUACUUGCCAGAUUUAAUAUGAGAAGAAAAGAUGGUCUUGUGGACUUCCUAGUAUUUGUGAAUAAACUGAAGAGCAGAUCCAGGCUCAGCUUCAUGAAAAGAAUGGUGGAACAAGCAGAUCACGGCUCAGGUUUCAGACAGGGUGGUAAUAUCAGCGGGUCUUCCAAUAGCACAAGAGAAGGCUUAUCAGCAGAAGAAGCGGAAUGGCUGCUUUUCCAGUUGUGCCAAGCCCCUUUUAUUCAGUUACUUACACAGUUUCGCCAAGCUGAUGCUCUGGGAAAUGGCUGCAUUCAUCAAGACAAAUUUAAAGAACUCCUUGAGAAAACAGUUCAAACUCAACUCACGCCACAGCAAGUCAAAAGCUUUGCUGUUCUUCUUGGAGAAGAGGGUUCUACUUCUAUACCUUUUAUGAAGUUUUUUGUACUUAUUCAAGACAGGCCUUCAACAUUCGAGCUAAAGGAAGAAGUGGAACGACAUUCAUCCCUGAUUAAAGUCCAUUAUCGCAUUGACAAAAUUCAUUAUCGAAAAAGUUUUGAAAUGGAUUUAGCAAGAUAUACUCAUGCACAAACCCCAAGAAAGUUGCCAGAGAUACAUUUGAUGGUCUGGGAUCUUCUCCAGCAUAAAUUCUGGCAGUUCUGCCGAUCUUUCAUCAGUGAAUGUAGGAAUGAUGAAUGUAGUGCAGACAAGGAGAAACUUGAUGCAGUGUUUAUUCGAAUGAACUGUAUUCUGCUACCUGAAGAAUUGGAAACCCUGUGGCGCAGCUUACCAGUAACUUACCCUGUUAAAUCUAUCUCCUUGCAAAAGCUUCUUUCAUAUUUUGUGAAUAUGAGAAGACCAAAGGAUUUUGGAGUCAGAAAAGAGAGUCCUGUGGAAAUUAUCCAGGCCAGAAUCACCAAAGAUAUUAUCAAGUAUUGGAAAGAAAUUAAGUCAAUUUUGAGAAGCAGAGAUCCAAGAGGCACAGGCCAAAUCUCCUUUUCCGAAAUCUGUUCCAUCCUCCUGACAUUACAAAUCAGCAUUGGUCCAAUUGAAUUUGACAUCUUGUGCCAAGCAUUUGAUCUUAGUCUGGAUGGAAACUUUCACUACAUUCCUUUCCUACAAUUUUAUACCAAGAAAAAACACAUGUAAGCAAAAAAAAAACAUUACUCAUCCCUCAUGUCCUAUGAGUAACUGUGACAUAUUGAUUUCCUGUUACAAUAGUGUUAAAAAUAAGGAGAUGUUACAUAAUCCCUCUAUAAUUUUCAUUUGCUUUUAUAUUAGUCAUCUUUAUUCAGAAUACAAGAAAAGGUUUCCCCGCAAACCAUUUUUCUUAAAGUGCAGUUUUCUAUACUCCAAACAUCAAAGCAAAUAAAGAUUAAAAACCAUUGUAAAUACAAUAAAAUAUUUAGCGCUCAUGGCUGGAGAGAUGCAAGACAAGAAAUAGUGUUCAAAAGAAUACAAAAUAAAAUGCACAAAAAUAUCCCUGUAAUCCCUUCCUAAGGCCUCUUUCACACAUCCGUGUUUGGUCAGUGAUUUUUAUCAGUGACUGAGCCAAAACCAGUAAUGGGGCCUCCAAAUAGAUAUGGUAUAAUUGAGAAAUGUUUUUCACCUACACCUGGUUUUGUCUCACAAAUCACUGAGGUGUGAAGGAGGCCUUAAAAGGGUUUUCUAGAAUUUUUAUACUGAUGACCUAUA